CUGCAACAGGUUAAGUGUGUGCGAUUUGCCCAAAUUCAGUUUGCCAGAGGGCAAAGUGCAAAGUGUGACUCAGCGACUCCGUAGUUCAGUACCAAGUGCGCGUUUAAACGGAGGUGAAAGCGCCAAGCCGGAGGAGGAGAUGCUGCUGCGUCGCGUUCUGGGCUACGGCAUUGUGGGCACCGGACUGGCCUCCGCCGGCUGGAGCCUGCACACCAAUGACUACGAUCCCAACUCGUUGGGCAUCGUCCGGCUGUCCCGAUCCGCCGCCGCCGUCGUGGACGUGGCACUCACCUACAAGCGGGAGCUCUACUACAGGGAUUGGGAUAAGGAGACGUCGGAGUACAAGGCGGCGAAGAGCCGCGUCCACAAGAUAGCCGCCGAGAAGCUGCUGCAGUUGAUAUGCAUCAACAAGGGCGUCUACAUCAAGGUGGGCCAGCACAUCGGUGCCUUGGAGUACCUGCUGCCCAAGGAGUUCGUGCAGACCAUGAAGGUGCUGCACUCCGAUGCGCCGCAGAACCCCAUCGAGGAUCUGUACAAGGUGAUUCGGCAGGAUCUGCGCUGCAAUCCGGAGGACAUCUUCGACAGCUUCGAGCGGGAGCCCCUGGGCACUGCUUCCCUGGCCCAGGUGCACAAGGCGCGACUCAAAAGCGGCGAGGUGGUGGCCGUGAAGGUGCAACAUCCCUAUGUCAAGGGCAAUUCUCGCGUGGACAUGAAGACCAUGGAACUGGCCGUCAAUGUCCUGGCGCGCAUAUUCCCCGACUUCAAGAUCCACUGGCUGGUGGAGGAGUCCAAGAAGAACCUGCCCAUCGAACUGGACUUCCUCAACGAGGGACGCAACGCCGAGAAGGUGGCCAAGCAGUUCGAGAAGUACUCCUGGCUGCGGGUGCCCAAGAUCUACUGGAAAUACAGCUCGUCUCGCGUCCUAGUCAUGGAGUAUCUGGAGGGUGGUCAUGUCACGGACCUCGACUACAUCCGGCGUAACAAAAUCGACACCUUUGCGGUGGCCAAUCGCAUCGGGCAGCUGUACUCCGAGAUGAUCUUCCGCACCGGCUUCGUGCACAGCGAUCCGCAUCCCGGCAACAUCCUGGUGCGGCGCACGCCAAAGGACAGCCUGGAAAUCGUUCUGCUGGACCAUGGGCUGUAUGCCAAUCUGACGGACAAGUUCCGGUACGACUACUCCAAACUCUGGCUAAGCAUUCUCAAUGUGGAUCGCAAGGCAAUGCGGCUGCACAGCGAGCAGCUGGGCAUCAAGGGCGAUCUUUAUGGUCUGUUUGCGUGCAUGGUGACGGGACGUCCUUGGGAGACGGUGAUGCAGGGCCUCACCAAAGUUAAAUAUUCCAAAGAAGAGAAGAACACGCUGCAGAACAACACUUCGCUGGUGCUGCCGCAUAUUUCCGACGUUCUGGAGCAGGUGGACCGCCAAAUGCUGCUCAUUCUGAAGACCAACGACCUGAUCCGCGGCAUCGAGUCCACGCUGCGCACCCAGAACCGCAUGACCGCCUUCUGGGUCAUGUCCAAGUGCUGUGUGCAAUCCUCGUACGCCGAACAGCGCUCCCAACAGGCUGCCGCCGGCUCAGCCGGCUCCUCCUCGCGAAUCCUCUGGCUGCGGGUGCGCGAGCGAUGGGAGCUGCUCAAGCUCAACUGCUACUACCUCUACCUGGGACUGAUCAAUUUCGGUUUCCUCGAAGCACUCAAGCAGGUUUUUUAGUCUAAGUGUGGCUCCCCAAAUUAAAAGUACAAAAACUCUGGACGAGCCUGGAAAGGGAAUCUUACCUCGUUGUCUCUGCUGGGCGAGAUUCCGGGCACCUGCCUCCCGCUUGCGUUUGGCGCUCUUCGGAACAGAACGGAUUAAUCAUUAGCAGGAGGAAAGGGUGACUCGUUUAUGGGAUAGGCUUACCAAAAUCAUGGCCAAAGGAAAGGCUAUGACAAAGAAGAAGACCAGCACAACGUAAACUACAUAGCUGGGAUAGAAGAACAUGUAUGGACCAUCGUCGACAUAAAUGGUGAUAGUUGUGUAAUUGAAUUCCGAUGGCGGAAUAGUAGCUUCAGUGGUGUAAAGUGUAGUAGUGUUAAGCACGGAAGUAGUAUUACUUAAAAGAGGGCUGACCGUUGUGUUUAAGGCAGGUGCCAUUUUUACUACGCGCUGAUCGAUACGAUUUUGUUGAAGUUGAAGACAACCGUUCUCCGACAAACUGACGAACCCGACUAACCUGCACUACUGGCCACCGAAAUUGAUAGGACAUCCGGGCAUGGGUCAGACAGCAGGCCAAAAACCCAAACCAAAACCAAGAACACACAUAUUUGCUUUGUAAUCGUUAGCUGAUAAGGUGACAAAACCAGUGUCGAGCCAGGGCUUUGUGUUUUGUUCGUGUUCGCGUUCGCAAUUUAUCUAAUGAGGCGGCGAUAUGAUAAAUGUGCGCAAAUAGAUAUAUGUCGGAACACUCGCAUAAAUA